AUGGCACAACAACAUCGGGAGAAUAUUUGGUAAGUUUAAUUUAAACUGAAAAAAUAAUAUAAUAUCCAGAGUUUUGUGUAUAUAAUCGACUUCUAUAUUUUGUAGGAGAGAUUAUUUCACGGCAGAGUUGGAAAAUAAUGAGGUCAAUCGCCAGCUUUGUGCCGUGGACACAUUUUCUUGGUCCCCUGAAACUCAAGAGCAGAUUCUGUCUGAGUGGAAUGAUUGGCGACGAGACAGAAACCCUGGACAUGGCUGCAAUCACUGCGAAAAAGUAUUCACGCGUCGAGCCGAUUUGAAGCACCGCAUUCAAUCUCUUCAAUUUGGAGAAAAGUCGUUUACUUGCGACCAAUGUGGCAAAUCUUUCGCAACGAAAGAUAAACUAAACCACCACAAGAAGAUACAUGACAAGGGAAAAGUAUACAAAUGUGCAAGAUGUCAUAAGAAAUUUGAUCGAAAGGUUUGUAGAGAUUUGUAUUUAUAUAUAAACCGUAACAAGUAUAUUUAUAGACAUUAUACUACAUGUUCUUUACAGGAUAAUUUGAACCGCCACAUGAAAAUGCACGAGAGACGUGGUGCCGAAAGGGAAUACAACUGCAAUAUCUGCG